UUAAACCGACAUAAGAAGAAAAAGUGUUGCCAGCUAACAAUGGCAGCUUUAACGGAGUUACGGAUGGAUCACAUCCCUUCAGACCCGCUGCUGCACAUUUUAUCCUUUCUGGACUUCAGAGACCUGAUACACUGUAGUUACGUCAGCAGGAGGUUGAAUGAGUUGUCCAAACACAACCCGCUGUGGAAAUCCCACUGCUCCAAACACUGGCUGCUGACAGAUGCGGAGCGGCUGCAGAGCGGCGUGUCCUGGUUCUGUCUGUUCAAACAGUACUACAGAGACCUGGGCCGGUACAUCCAGUACUACCCGGUCCUGAAGAGAGCCUGGGAGCAGCUCAAGAGCUUCCUGCAGCAGAGGUGUCCUCGCAUGAUCGCAUCGCUCAAAGAGGGCGCCACAGAGGUGGAGCUUAACGACAUCGAGGCUCAGAUCGGCUGCAGGCUUCCAGACGACUAUCGCUGCUCGUAUCGCAUCCACAACGGACAGAAGCUGGUGAUCCCGGGGCUGAUGGGCAGCAUGUCUCUGUCCAACCACUACCGGUCGGAGGUGCUGCUGGACGUGGAGACGGCGGCCGGAGGUUUCCAGCAGAGGAAGGGGAUGAGACGCUGUCUUCCGCUCACCUUCUGCUUCCACACCGGACUCAGCCAGUACAUGGCUCUGGAGCCCGCCGAGGGACGCAGGAUGUUUGAGAGCUUCUACCCCUGCCCUGAUCAGACGGCUCAGGAUCCUUCAGCCAUCGACAUGUUCAUCACAGGUUCCUGUUUCUUAGAGUGGUUCACGACUUACGUCCACAACGUCGUCACGGGAGAGUAUCCGAUCAUCAGAGACCAGAUCUACAGGUAUGUGCACGAUAAGAGCUGCGUGAUGACCACCGAUGACAUCACCGUCUCUGUUUCUACUUCCUUUCUGCCAGAGCUUUCCUCCGUCCACCCGCCGCACUUCUUCUUCACCUACCGCAUCAGGAUAGAGAUGUCGAGCAGCGCGUCGCCCGAAGCCGCCUGUCAGCUCGACAGCCGCUACUGGAAGAUCACCACCUCCGACGGCAACGUGGAGGAGGUCCAGGGUCCCGGCGUGGUCGGAGAGUUUCCAGUCAUGACACCUGGAAAAGUCCACGAGUACGCCAGCUGCACCACCUUCUCCACCCCGUCAGAGUACAUGGAGGGUCACUACACCUUCCACAGACUGGCCAAUAAGGAGGAAGUUUUCCACGUGGCCAUCCCUCGCUUCCACAUGGUGUGCCCCCCCUUCAGAGAGCCAGUGGUUCGAACGAAGCCAUCGACCAGUUACACGUCUCGCUUCGACGACCACGACGAUGACGGCGAGUACUGCGACGGAGACGGCGACGACUUUGGUGACCUGAGAGGAAUCAACAUGGCCGCCUUGGAGGGGGCGUGGUGCCCUCGACACAUCUGACCUCAGACCCCCCCCCCCACACCCUCCCCCCUGUCCUCGCUGAAGUGUUGUCAUGGAAACCGGAUGGACUGUCAGUUAUUCAGGGCUGAUUGACAGUCAGCAGGGGAUUCUGGGACAGGUAACCAGAAGCCAUACACGGGACAGAAUCGCAUCGCCUUCCAGCUGUCAAUCAAACGAAUGAAACAAACAAACAAAAAACAAAAAAAUUGUGAAUGAGGUGCAGUUUUAUAGAAAAUAUACGUUUCUUGUUUAAACUUUACUGAUGUGAAACUGUUGGAUAAGCUCGGACAAGAAGGAUAAGACGGCGACGUCGUCUCCUUCGCUCUAAAGGAUUAUCCCUGAUGUUUGUGGCGCCCCCGUCAAUUUAUUUCUGAAGCAAAGCAGGGACACAAAGCAACUUCCAGUUUAGAUGUAAACAUUGUGGGAUGUGUGGGAUGAUCUCUGAAGCACCCGUAAGUGUUUCUGUAAAAAAAGCUCCUCGUCAGAAUGUGGAUGUUAUUUUUAUUCGUAGAGUCUAAGAUUGGUGCUCAAAGUGCCGCGGUUCCUCUUCAUCAGAAGGUUCCAGGUUCUUUAAAAUCUGUGGUUCCCAACCUGGGGGUCGAGACCCCUACAAAGGGUCGCUGGAUUAAUCAAAGGUCAAGAUAGGAUACAAAAAAAAAAAAAAAGCAUACACAUAAAACACAAAAUUGUGAUUUUUUUUUUUUUUCAAAGCUUUUUUCUAAUGUUUGCUUCAGUUCUUGUGGAUUUCUGUAUUUUACCUCAUCAAGCCUCUAAAAGUUACAAAAUAAGUUCUCUCUCUAGAGCUGCAGGUACAGAAGAUUAAUCAGCAGCUGAAUAAUCGUUUUAGUCAUUUUUUUUAAGCAUAAACGAGAAAAAUAAGCUGGUUUCAGCCUCUCAGAUGUUCUGAUUUGUUGCUGUUCUGUGUUGAACAUGAUGAUAAACUGAAUUAGGACUGUUAGUAAAACAAAACCAGACAUCUGAAGAUGAAACCUUGAACUGUGCGGAAUUUUAACGGAUAUUUUUCACUAUUUUCUGACAUUUUAUGGACAAAAAAACCAAUGAAUGAAGACGGUAAUCGAUAACUUAACCGGUAGACGACAUGUGACGAAGAGUCGCAGCGAGACUUUGUUUUAUUUGAAGGUCUCACAUGUUGGAAAAUCACUGCUUUAAAAGAUCUUAAAGCUCUUCUUCACUGCAGGAACAGAAUCCUCCCGGUGUUUUACGUUAAGAGACCGACUCUGCUGCUGUUAGCUGACGUCUUUAAACGUCUUUAUUUAUCAGACCAACUGUCCAAAGCACUAAGAUAUUCAGUUUAUAUCAAUAUAAAAACAGAUCGUUCAAGUUUUGCUCAGAAAACUAAUAAAUCUGAGCUGUAAUCAGAUGUUUAAAGUUUUAUCUUUGUUUAAUAAUAUAAAUAUUAAAUAUACUUUAUACUUUGAACUCUUCAGGUUUCUAAAGGAAAUGUUCCUGAAACGAGGUCACGAGUAGCUUCAUUUUUAACUUAAUUCAUUUUUAACACUAAUUAACUUAAAAACUACUGAAGUGACCAGUUCAUCCAACACUACGAGAUAAAACUUUAUACAGCAGCUUGUGAUUCUUUAUUUUUCACAUCUCCGUAACAUUAACAGACAGUAUUUCUGCUGUUUAUCUCGCCAUCGAUGGAUCGAUUGUCUGUAAAAUGUCAGUAAAAACACUAAAAUGCUCGUUUUAACGUCCCACAGUGACGCCGUCAGAAGAAGAAAUUCAGUUUACUGUCGUUUAUGACAAAGAAAAGCAUCAAAUUGUUGAUUUAUUUUGCUAAUUUUGCUUAAAAAUGAUUAAAAAUGAUUAUCAAUAUAGUUGUAGAUUAUUUUUCUGUCAGUCAUUGCAGCUCCAGAUAAAAUGUUACAUAGUUAAAAGUAUUUUAAUCAUAAAACUGACUUGACGUGAACGCAGCAUAAAUUUAUUUCCAGAAACGUAAGCUGAGCGCAGAACAAACAGAGAAUUAUGCAUAAAUGUUACUUUUAAGUUCCUGCAGAGGAAAACAAACAUAUUUCCUGCUGUUGAUUGAGAAUCAUGUAUAUGCUGCUCUCGUUCUCUCUGGAACAGGAAGCAGAAUGUGAGCUGAGGGUUUCUAAGUUGUUUUGUGCUUCAAACGUUGUUUUUCUGAAACUUUUUUUUGAGUUUAAUCACACGAAGCAGAUUUCUCUCUCUCUCUCUUUUCUCUCUCUCCGUUCGGGAAGCGAUGACGUGUCGUGUCGUCACGCUCUGAUGUGAUUGGUGGAUUUGUUUUGUAUGUUUUUGGCUAAAUAAAUAACAAAUUAUUCACAGCUGCAGACUCACUGCUGUCUGGUUCACCUGAAACACACAGAAACCAGCUGAACACACACUUUCAGUUCUCACUCAUCUGUUUAACAGCAUAUUAAUUUAAUAAAAUUCAUUGAUCAGUA